UUAGCCACUCUUUGCGGUAAAGUGACGUCAUCUGCCCAUCAUUUAUCCAGGGCACAAACAUUCGCCGGCGAUCGGGGCGUGCAACAAGUACGCUGAUCUCUAAGCAAGGGGUUUAAAUUUCGAAACAUACGGGACACCCUACAACACGUUGACAACAAACAGAAACAAAAAGCUGAGACAAUAGGAGAACCAAGAUGAGUGCUCCAUCUGAUUUUAAACUUGCUCCAGUUAACCCCAAAGACCGGCCGCGUCCUUUCCCACCACGAUGGCUGAAAGGACAAAAAUACCAGGAUGUGGCAGAGUUUCAUGAAAUAGAUGAACACGCUAUUAGGGUGUCCCAGACAAAUCACAAGAACUUCAAAGAUUUGGUAUGGCACCUUGUCUUCAACCAGAGGAUGUCAGAGUUGGAAGCUGUCAGGGCCAUAUUUCGAUGGAUGACCUCCAAGAACCUGCACACAGUCCAGUUUGACAAGGAGCCCAAGAAUUCACCAGAGGAGAUAGUUUGUGGCUUCAGAAGCAAGAAGAGCACCUAUGCACGCAUCUUUGAGACAUUGUGCCUUUAUUCUGGCAUUCACUGUGUGACACUAACUGGGUUUGCCAAGGGUGUAGACUAUCGUCCUGGGGUGAAGUUUGCUGGUGGCCCAUACAACCACAGCUGGAAUGCAGUGUAUGUGGACGGCUCCUGGCAGCUGGUGGACAGUCACUGGGCUACAAGGUACCUGCAGUCAGAGAAGAACUCCCCAGAGAACCUGGUCUACGAGUAUGAUGAUUUUUACUUCCUUACCAACCCUGAGCAACUCAUCUACAGCCACUGGCCUGAGGAGCAGCCAUGGCAACUCCUUCCCCGUCCUCUCAGCCUGCCAGAGUUUGAAGACCUGCCCCUGGCCAAGUCUCACUUCUUCAAGUGUGGGAUGCAGUUCUGGAGCCACAACACUGGUACCAUUCUCACCGAGCGUGGCAAGCUCACUCUCACUCUUGGUUUCAGGAGUCCCACAGCUUUCACCUACAAGCUGGUCUUUGGGGAGAACAACAAGGAGGUUUAUCAGGGUAUUAAGCUGAAUCGGUAUGUUCUUCAAGAAACUCUGGAGAAUCAGGUAAACCACUAUCUGCGGGCACCAUUGGAGGGGUCUUACUAUCUCACUAUCUAUGCCCAGAAGGUUUCCAAUGAGAUCAAUGUGGAGAAUGUCUUCAAUGCUGCCUGUGAGUACAAGGUCAUCUGUGACCGCCCUGCAGAUGACAGCACACCCUAUCCUCAGACCUCUGACACCAACUGGGGUCCUGGAGCACCUGUGCGAUCCCUGGGGCUGAGACCAAGCCACAAGGAGGGGGUUAUUCAAGCCAUCAAUGGCAGAGCUGAGCUGCGCUUUGCCAAGACCCGUCCAGUGAGACUGCUUGCCAAGCUGCAGAAGAAUGGUGAAGAUGAGGGUCAGUUGGAUGAGUAUAUCCAACACCAUGAGACAGAAAACCAAUCCACGUUUAAUUUGGAGCUGCCACAGAAGGGUGAAUAUGCCCUGGAAAUUUAUGCCAAUGACCCAGAGAAGGAUGACAGCACCUAUACCCAUAUUUGCCAGUAUGUUGUAGAGUACUCAGCAGACAGCUCAGAUCAACAGAACUACGGCACCCUGACUCUGAAGAAGGGCUACAGGCAGUCACCAGCCAGAGGUGCUGAUGUGAAAUACAAGGAGGGAUAUCAGUCUCUGCCAAGAGGAAGCCACACAGAGGUCCGUGAGGGUUAUGGUUCUAUGCCACGCAAGAGCCAGUCUGGACAGGACGUCAGAGAAGGCUAUGCUACCAUGCCUGCCAACAUGAAAGGAAGGCGAUAUGACCCUCAACAAGAUGGUGUCCCACUGCCAGGCCUAAAUGAUCAACUAAAUAAAGAAGUGGUUGGACGCAGUCACCUCACUCAGGAAGAGUUCAGCAGGUAUGAAGACUCUUUCAGGAGCCCCACAUCCAAGACUGAAUACUAUGGCGCUGGCACACCAGAGCAGUAUGGCUAUUCAGACAAGCAGGCUGGCAGAGCUGGUCCUGGCAUUGUACAGUACCAGAGAGACCAAUAUGCAGGUGACUCUGCAGGAAGAGGACCUGCGGGUUAUGAUCAGCGUAGAGCACCAGAGCAGUAUGAUAGCUAUGGUCGUCCAAUUACUACCACCACGACCACUACUACUGUCUUCACUGACCGCUACCGCCCUGAUAGUGCUGGCAGACCAAUGAGAGGAGAUGAGAUGACAGAGAAAGUCACCCUGUCUAAGAGCCAGGAAGAAUUGGCUGCCCAGAGAGCAGCUAAUGAAGAGCAGAUCCAAGCUGAGAAAAGGAAGGCGCCCCAAACCUUGCCAAAGCCUACUAAGGGUAAGCCUGGUACUGAAGAUUUCCCACCACCACCACCUGAGGCAUUUGUCAUCAGGGGAGAUGAGGAAUUGCCCCCACCACCUCCCCCGCUGCCAGCAGAAUAUGGCAAGGUGCAGGAUGUCACUGUGACAACACCAGGCCAACAACAGUAUGUUAUUGGGGCUGAUGGACAACGCCACCCUGUCAAAAUUGAGUUUGUCACUGGAGAGACACAGAGGGGCGUCCAGGCCCAGCCAGCACCUGCUCCCAAAGGAACACCAGUCAAGAUAGAAUAUGUCAAGGAGUUCUCACCAAAUGUUCCCAGACAACAGGGCAAACUUGGUGAGACACCAGAUGGCAAGAAGUCACCUCCUGUGACAGGGUACCAGCAGUGGAAGUCUGACUUCCCGCCACCACCACCCCCAGAGAGAAGCGACUCUAAAGGAUCACCUAAGAAAGAUGCAUACAAUGUCACCGUUUUGCACGAGUUUAAGACACCAGAAGAUGGCCAAGGGCCACCAAGGAGACCAGAGUCACUCUCCACUCAGCCACCAGUUUCCCCUCAGAGAUACUCUCCUAUUGAAAUCCGCUUUCAAGUUCCUUUAGGAGAUAGGACGCCAAGUCCAGGUAUUGGCCAGCCAGUGGCCCCCGCAUCCUUCCAGCCAGUCCGUAUUGAGACUCGUGUGAAGCCCCCCAGUCCCGCACCUCCUCCAACACCCCUGAAGGAAGAGGUGUUCACAGACAGGACAAUGGCUUUCAAGACCAUUGACAGGCAUGCCAUGGAGGUUUCACAAAAAGAACACAAGAGUUUCAGAGACAUGGUAUGGGCACUGAUUUACUCCAAAGGCAUCACAGAUGACUUGAACAAAGCUAGAGCUAUUUUCCUGUGGUUAUGUACCAAAGACCUGAGUAAAAUGCACUUUGAGCACGUGGCUCCAGACACCCCUGAAGAGAUCUUGAUGGGAUUGAAGGAAGGAAAGGCCACAUAUGCUGUCAUAUAUGAGACUCUCUGCAGUUAUGCUGGUCUGCACUGCAAAGUGAUCAGCGGUUAUGCAAAGGGAGCAGACUACAAACCUGGCAUGAAAUUCACUGGGGACACGGCUCACCACUCCUGGAAUGCUGUGCUCAUUGAUGGCCACUGGCGCUUAGUAGAUUGCCACUGGGCUGCCAGAAGGAUGAUCGGCAAGAAGGGAGCUGAAAAUGUCAGAUAUGGACUUGAUGAAUAUUAUUUUAUGAUCGAUCAACGCCAGCUUAUAUACACUCACUUCCCUGAUGAUCCAAACUGGCAACUGCUAGAGAGGCAAUACACAUUAGAGGAAUUUGAAAAUCUUCCACCUGUUAAGUCACUGUUCUUUAAAUAUGGCCUGGACUUGUUAAGCCACAAGAAUGCAGUUAUCUACACAGAUGAUGAGGUGGCUGUACAGGUGGGUUUCUCCCUGUAUAGAGGUCCUGGAUUAGAAUUCCACUGCAGUCUGGCUUUUGAGGAUGGACGCGAAGAAAUAAGGGACACAAAAUUAUCCAGGUUUAUCCUGCAAGAAACAGGGGAUCGUUUUGCCUCAUUUAAAAUCCGAGUCCCAGACCAAGGAUCCUACAAGUUUGUCAUCUAUGCCAAGGAAGUUGGAGGUGAGGAUGCAGAGAAGAUGUACAGUGCUGUUUGCGAGUACCAAAUUGUUUGUCUUAGCACACCCAUAGAUCCAACUCCCUUCCCACCAUGCUCAGCACCAACCUGGGGCCUUAGUCAUGGAGCAGCAAAGAAGUACGGAGUUGUUACCAAUCAGAUGGCAGCUACAGUUGGAACCACAAACGGACAGGCAGAAAUCAGAUUCAAGUUGGAAAAACCAUUGUUGUUCAUGGCUAAGAUGAAAAGUAAUGACUUUGAUGAGAAGGACCUGGAUGGAACUGUUAUGCAUCGUGUUGUGAAUGAUACUGCCAUAUUUAGUAUUUCGGUGCCACAGCAAGGCGAAUACGGAUUGGAGAUCUUUGCCAAUGAACCAGCCAAGGAUGGGAAGACCCUUUUCCACAUGUGCCAGUACUUCGUGGUAUGUAACGAAAGUAAAGUAUCUGGUGUCCGCUAUCCACAGCUCCCUGCAGCCUACCUAGGGCCCCAGCCAGGGUACACUAAUCUCAAAAUGAAUACCAUUUCACACAAGGAUCCUCUCAUUGUUAACCAUACCGGUGAGCUGGAGGUUGAGUUCUCUCUCUCACAACCCAUGCGCGUCACGUCGAAUCUCAUCGAGACCGCCAAUGGCCAUGAGCACCCGGACAACAUCCUGCAGCAGCAGCAGAACAACUCGUUGACCUUCAACCUGCGACUCCCACAUCCUGGUGUCUACAAGUUCCAGAUCUAUGCCCAGUCUCUCACGGAACCCAGUGAGAAUUUGCCAGGUGUAUACAACUAUCUCAUCAACUGUGACAAUGUGAGCCGCGUGCCAGUCACUCCCUACCCACGUCAGUUUGCCCAGUGGAAAGAAGGCUGUUACCUGUAUGAGCCACAGGAUGGCAAACUGAGCAGCCAGCGCCUUGGUGCCAAUGUGCAGCAUAAUUACCUGUUUUUCAAACUGGAAGUCCCUAAGGCAAGAAUGGUGGCUGUUGUCGUUGGCGAGGAGUGGGAACAGUUGGAACCCAAGCAGACUGGUACCUGGGAAGGCGGGGUCUACAUGGAUAAGUUCUGGGGGAAAGCCACUCGCCUGGCCGUCACUGCCAAUUAUGGAGGUAGCACUUCUAGUUAUAACACACUGCUGGAGUUCAGCUUGCAUUAACUGUUAAGUUGCAAAUAAGAAAAAAAUGCUGAACUUUUGAUUUGCUUCAAAAAACUGCAAGUUCAGAAUACGCAAAAGUGGUAGAACAUGGGUUUGUUUUAUUGCAAAUAGUGAUACAUUACUCACAUAAAAUUUGGUAACUUUAGGCCAGUGACUGUUAAGUAAUACAAUCUUGCAGCAUAGAACUAAUAUUCAGCAAGCCCCUAGCUUAUUGUGUUUAUUUGAUAUUCACUGGGCUUGCUUCUUGCAAAACCCCUACACAUCUCAGUGUGUGGCACCUAGUGCAUUAUAUUAAGUUUAUCGUACAUGACAUAUUUACCAAGAAAGUUUUUCACACUUGGCAACAGACUAAUCUCAGUUACAAGGAGACAAACUUCAAGCGGAUUGUUUAGAUGCUCGAACAGCAGAUAACAUUUGAUGGAAAAGAAGACUUGACUGUAUAGCUCUGCUUCUUGUCAUCUUUAAUUCAUUUUAAGGAUUGUGCAAUUUCCUGUACUUGGAGAGCAAAAUGCAAUCAUGAAUCUACAUUUCAAAAAGGUUGAAAUAUGACUUUCUGGUCUAAUUAUGUUAAAGCAUCAUAGACAGUUUAAAAUGAUUACAAGAUCUGCACUUGAUGUGACGCUCAUGUUUUGCCUCAGUAACUUAGAUUUGUUCAACAUUUGUUAAAGUCUUUAGCCUUGCAUUUUUCUUACUUGUACUGCUUUAGAAGCUAGUAGUGAUACAUAGUGCUGGGUUUUACAAAGGACGGAUUAUUUGAAAUGGGUUUUUUAUACAUUUGUCAUAGAUUGACAUGUUCUUUUUGCUUCAUCAAAGCUUGUGUUUAUAGAUACGUCCACAUUAUAUUUCAGAUAUAUACAUGUAUGUAUAAUUCAGACUGUUUGGUUUUCCUACCAAUUAUGAGAUGUUAUUAUUGGAUGAAAUAAAGAAUGGCUUUUUAUAUUCAAUAAAAUAUUGCUUUGCCUUG